AUGUCGAUGGACGUUCCUAACGGGCUUUGCUGUCGUUACUGCGGUCGACGAUGGUUUAAGCAUGAUAUUCAAGUUCAUGAGAAAAACUGCAGACUCAAGAUCCUAUCCACCAUUAAAGUUCUUGAGGGAAGGUACCAUAAAAUGCACAUCCCGGCUCCUCCUGAAUGGGAACCGUGGAUUCUGCCCCCAAAAGUGUCACUGGCUGAAUACAACAACUAUGCAAGUCGUUUCUAUUCGUCCACAAUGCCGGAAUGCCCCUCGUGUUUGCGGAAAUUUCCUAUUACAGCACUGAAUGAACACAUCAACGAAUGUACAGAGAGCCUAGGGAGAAGCAUGGGUGGGACAGUUGGCGGUGGUCUCGGGGCCACUGGUGGCGCUACGAAGAAGCUUAAGGCCUCUUUGGGUCCAGAUGAGGGCCGUGCUACCCAGAAGCCUAAGCUCAAACCAAAGCCUCAGCCUCAGCCCACGUCAGGCCCAGGAAUUGACAACAAGUUUGGCGGUCCUCCUGUGUCAAGACAAGGCCCCGAUAUGGGGGCACGAGCAGGCGGCGCAGACAUGAAGAUCGGUGGCAGCGGGAAGGGUACGUAUAACUUUGACAACAUAGAGGUGGAAUCUGGCGGUGUGGACGGCCGCAUAGAGUGCCACAGGUGUGGACGCAAGUUUGCUCCUGACCGCAUAACGCAGCAUGAGCGCAUAUGCAACAAGCUUAAGGCUCUUCCGGAUGAAGUAGAUAAGGCGGCAGAUGGGGACACAAACUAUGCCCGUACCCGUGAGCCCGAUCCCUCUAGGUUCAAGAAAAAUGGUACGACUGGAUUCAACAAGGCAAACAUAGUCCCUAAGACCCUUACUAGCAGUGGAGAUCACGAUAGCCGAAGCCCGCCAAUAAAGUCCAGCUCUAAUGCCGCUGCACGUGGAAAGCCAUUUGGUGGAAAAGGAAUGGGUGGAAGCGCUCCAUUUGGCGGCGGCGGUGGUGGCAUGAAUGAUGGACGUGUCGAGUGUAGGCGCUGUGGCCGUAAAUUUGCACCUGACCGCAUAGAUAAGCAUGAGAGUAUAUGCAAGAACAUUCAGAAUAUGGAUCCUAGGGCUAACAAUCCCAAUCUUCGAGAGAACAUGAUUGCUACGUCGCGUGCAAGCACAAUUGGGUCUUCUGGAGCAGGUACUAGGCAGAGUGGAAAUAUGGGGAGAAGCAUGGGUCCUCAAAGAGGCUCUGGGGCACCCACUCGAGCUCCUCCUGCGCGCUCUGCCACUGGCGGACAGUCAAAGUUUUGUAGUGAGUGCGGGUCGAAGUUCGCUUCAGACACAGCGAAAUUCUGUAUGGAGUGUGGCUCAAAGCGCUAG